GCAGCUCACUUCGGGGGACUUUUCGGCUCCUUAAUCGACGGGACCGGGAGGGACAAAAACGAAUUGCACCUCAGCGAAGACAUCCAUUUGUGGCUUAAAGGAAGAAUACUUUUCUUUGUGGAAGAAAAGCAGAGUGACUAAUCUCCAUGGAAGACUCUCAGGAUUUAAAUGAACAGUCAGUGAAGAAAACGUGCACAGAUUCAGAUGUUUCAGAACCUCAAAAUUCCAGAUCUAUGGAAAUGCAAGAUCUAGCAAGCCCUCAUAAUCUUGUGGGAAGCAGUGAAGCACAGGGUAGUUCAAAAGUGGACAAAUCUAAUCUAAGCAGCACAUCUGUUACAACAAAUGGAACAGGUGGAGACAACAUGACUGUUUUAAACACUGCAGACUGGUUGCUGAGUUGCAGCACUCCUUCUUCUGCAACAAUGUCUCUUCUUCCAGUCAAAACAGAGCCUAUGAAUAGCAAUGAAUCGACAACGACAACAAGUGGAGAUGGAUCUCUUGACACUUUUGCUGGAUCAGUAAUCACAAGUAGUGGCUACAGCCCAAGAUCAUCACAUCAGUACUCACCGCAGCUGUAUCCCUCCAAGCCUUAUCCACAUAUUCUGUCUACUCCAGCAGCUCAAACCAUGUCAGCCUAUGCUGGUCAGACCCAGUAUUCAGGAAUGCAGCAGCCCGCAGUAUAUACAGCAUAUUCACAGACUGGGCAGCCUUACAGUUUACCUACUUACGAUUUGGGUGUAAUGUUGCCAGGCAUCAAGACAGAAAGUGGACUUUCACAAGCACAGUCACCUUUGCAGACUGGAUGCCUUAGUUACAGCCCAGGGUUCUCCACACCACAGCCAGGCCAAACGCCGUAUUCAUACCAAAUGCCAGGUUCCGGUUUUACACCAUCUUCCACUAUUUAUGCAAACAAUUCAGUCUCAAGUUCUACAAACUUCAGUAGUUCACAACAGGAUUAUCCAUCAUAUACUGCUUUUGGCCAAAACCAAUAUCCACAGUAUUAUUCAUCAUCAGCAUAUGGAGCCUAUAUGACCUCAAACAAUGCAACAGAUGGUACCUCUUCAUCAUCAACAUACCAGCUCCAGGAUUCUCUCCCUGGACUGACUAGUCAACCAGGUACAGACCUUCCUGCAGGAGAGUUUGACAGUGUGCAGAGCCCCACAACUCCAAUCAAAGAUCUUGAUGAAAGAACAUGUAGAAGUUCUGGGUCAAAAUCCAGGGGUAGGGGGCGGAAAAAUAAUCCAUCACCUCCUCCUGACAGUGACUUGGAGCGAGUCUUUGUUUGGGAUUUGGAUGAAACCAUUAUUGUCUUCCAUUCCCUUCUUACAGGAUCUUACGCCCAAAAAUAUGGGAAGGAUCCACCUGUGGCAGUGACCCUUGGACUUCGGAUGGAAGAAAUGAUUUUUAAUCUUGCAGAUACACAUUUAUUUUUUAAUGAUUUGGAGGAAUGUGAUCAAGUACACAUAGAUGAUGUUUCUUCAGAUGACAAUGGACAAGACCUAAGUACCUACAGUUUUGCAACUGAUGGCUUCCAUGCAGCUGCAAGUAGUGCAAACCUUUGUCUGCCAACAGGUGUAAGAGGAGGAGUUGACUGGAUGAGGAAGCUGGCAUUCCGCUACAGAAGAGUAAAAGAAUUGUAUAAUACCUACAAGAACAAUGUAGGAGGACUCCUCGGCCCUGCAAAAAGAGAUGCAUGGCUGCAGUUAAGAGCAGAGAUUGAAGCUCUUACUGACUCCUGGCUGACAAAUGCACUUAAAUCGUUAUCAAUUAUUAGUACAAGGAGUAACUGUGUAAAUGUCUUGGUAACAACAACCCAACUUAUACCAGCUCUCGCUAAAGUCCUGCUGUAUAGUUUAGGAGGUGCUUUUCCUAUUGAAAAUAUUUACAGUGCUACUAAAAUAGGAAAAGAAAGUUGCUUUGAACGAAUAAUGCAAAGGUUUGGCAGAAAAGUAGUAUAUGUUGUAAUUGGGGAUGGUGUAGAAGAAGAACAGGCAGCCAAAAAGCACAACAUGCCUUUUUGGAGGAUAUCUAGUCACUCAGACCUUUUGGCUCUACACCAAGCAUUGGAGUUAGAGUAUUUGUAACUCUUCCUACAUAGCUGACAGAUUCUUUUUAUAUUGCAAAGUACACUGAAUUUUUUAUGUGUGAUCCGAUGCCUCCGGCUUUACACAUACGUGAUGGUCUUAAGAAGGAAAAGCAAUAUUCUGGAUGAAAAUUCCAUUAUGAAGAAUUCAGAUUACUGAAUGGAGUUACAGCUUUUAAUUCUAUACAAGGAUUCUCUAUAUGGUCUUAUAUACAGAGCAUUUUGGUUAUUAAAGAACUAUAAAAGGAGGUUACUGGAGCACACCAAAUGAGCCCUAACUAGAGUGAAUAGCUUUUGCAAUGGACUCAUACUGGCAAAACAGUGACAUGCAUUUUCUGAUCAACAAAGGUGGUAUUCAACAACAUUCCUCACUAUGGGAUAUAUUCUCACCACUGAGGUUUGAAUCAAACUUUAGUCUACCUACCUAGCCCAGAAAAUCUGAAUUGGAAUGCACUUAGACUGUAUGAUGACAAUCCUGUCCAGAUCUGUAAUAUGUGUAAAUUAUUGAUGAAAAUAAUUUACUGUGACGUUAUUAGUGGUUGACUUGGGAAAUUGAUGCAAUUUAUUUCUUUCAUUUUGGAGGUGUGUGGGAUGGGGUUAUAUUAUAAUAAUUAUUGUCUGUUUUAUAAGUUUGGCGAGCGGAAUGUGCAUAAUGAUGCAUUGUGCCUUAAAAGACAAGAUCUUGUUUGUGUGUUACAAUGGUUUAACAUUGGUUUAAGACUGUGUAGAUAAAAAUAAAUAAAUUUUUGUGCUAGUUUUUGACAUGACCAAACUUCAGAUUCAAGUAAUCAAAGAGCAACGCUGCAUCAAAAGCUCUUAAGUGCUUGUUGCAGUAAGGGGGGGAUGAUAAUAAUGGAGAGCUAGUGUUUAUAUUUAGUUUCUUAAUAAUUCCACUGACUGUAGGAGGCACAUAAGAGGAUGUCAGGCAAAUGGAAUGAUGUUGGGCAAGAUAACAAUUUUUAAGCUGGUUAUUUAAAACCUUUUUUCUAUUUUUGUCUUUAAUCAAAACAAAAUAGUUGUAUUCGUGAAUUAUUUACAGACAAUGAGUCUGAUUUUAUGGAAUGCGUGUAAAAGCAGGGGUUACUAUCCAUUAACUCUCUCACAAAUUAUGAUUUAACAUGCAGUAGGUUAUAUGUGGACAUUGUUAAAUGCUAUCCAAAGGUGUUCCUAGAAUUUACUAAUUAAAAAGAAAGAAUGCUAAUAAAAAAAGGAAAGGGGAACUUAAGUUCCAGAUUGUAUCAGACUCAAUAAAACAGAAGUCUUAGAAAAGCCAAAUAAUACCACUCGGUACUGGAAACCUAGAACGGUAAAAAUGUCUUCCUAAAAUGAAAUAGCUAUUAGUACUCGAAUCUUAGUCUUCAGAUUGUUUGUUGUAUGUGUGAUUUAAGUUCAUUUCAGUCCAUUCAUUUCUUUCAGCACUCAGUUUAAUUAAAUCUUUUCCAUUUGGUUUUGACUCAAGCAUAUAGAUGGUGAUAAGAAUGGAUCUCAGUAGAGCUUUCUUUCCUUCCUUCUUCCCAGCUGCCCCUUUGUCCCAUAUAUACUACACUUUGCUCACCCUUACCUGCAGUAUUGUACUUACAUUACUUGCAGUAGUGCAUUUGUAUGUUUAUAUAUCCUGCAACAAUUCUUCUCUCCAAGAUUCCAACUUCCAAAUUAUUUUUUCUGAAAGUAUGUGUGACCACAGCAUGUAAGCCACUGUUUGCAAGGACGACAUGUGUUUCCUGUAUAUCCAAGAUACCAGUUGCAGAAUUUACUGUCAAAGGAAGAUAGUGUUAUUGAUGAAAGUGAAAACAUUUUUCCUGGUAAACUGACUUUGGGUCCCUUGUUAGGGCCAAAAGACAAUAUAGAAGUGCUUUAUAAAUUAGUGAUACCAUUCCAGACAUACACCUCUGUCCUUUCCAGGGCUCUGUUCACAAGGUAUUUGUUUUCUCGGCAUAUGCACCUUGUGGGCUGAUAUCUUUGGUGAAGUAGUGAGGGUAGGAAUGGACUGCGGAGCUGUACAUCACUGCACUUAGAACAUGCAUGCUUGACUGAGGGCCUGCCAGCUAGGGAGCAGAAAAAGAAUGGAAUUAUUCCCAAUUAUCCUACAGUUACAGAAGGAGAUUUGGGGAGAGAAUAGAUCCUGACAAUAAUACUGUACAUUAAUGACAGGGUUAUACAGACUACCCUUACAAUUCUUUUCUCUACUUUUGUGGUUACAUUGCAUUAAUCACUCUCAAAUACAACCUUUGUCCUACAUCAGUUUUGCGUGUAAACAGUACUUUUUAGUAGUAUGUAAUGAGACAUGUAGUCUUAUGAUGCAGUGCAUGUGUAUACUGUUAAUGAGAAAACGGCAGGAUUUAUAGCCCCGGAAGUGGAAAUAUGUAUGUGAUUUUGUCUUAAAGAGUGCUCUGUAAUGUA